AUGAAUGAUCAAGCCAUAGGAACCAUGCAACAGGCGCAACAUGAAGGUAUUACCAUUGCUCAAGAUAAAGUUCUUUCAAUCUUGCCCAUUCCAAGCGCAAUUCUUAGCAUCUUUGGAAGUUCUGUCAUUAUUUACAUGGGCGUUUCGACAAGGCGUCAACGGCAGUGGACAACCUAUACUCGGCUUUUGAUCGGGCUGAGCAUUUGCGAUAUCAUAUCCAGUGUCUCGCUCGCUUUUGCUGCCUUUUUGCGUCGGCCUGAAAGUGGACGAGUGUGGGCAAUUGGAACGGAUGCCACAUGUGCAGCGAUUGGUACCAUGACUCAAUUCUCGUAUGCAAAUGUGUGGUAUAACGCCGCUCUGAGCUACUACUUCAUGGCAACUGUUCGAUUUCGAAUGAAACACUCGAGGAUAGCGAGACUGUUGGAGCCCUGGAUGCACUUUAUGUCCAUUGGAUUUCCCUUGGUCACAGCGAUUGUGGGUGCAUUGUACGAAAUGUACGGUGAGAAAGCAACUGGCAUGGGAUGUUGGGUCAACGAAUAUCCACACGGGUGUGGAGAUGAGCCAGAUCAAGAACCCUGUACCUCUGGUCUCAUUGGAUGGAUAUUCCUUGGUUUCCCGCUGCUAUUCUCCGGGCUUUCCAUCCUCAUCAACAACUUGGUCAUUGGAUUCUAUGUAUGGUCACAAAGUGCACCCACCACCACCGCCGCCACGACCACCACCACCAAGUCACUUUCGCUAUCACGAACCAUGACUGCCAAUACAUUAUCCUCCUCGGACGGUAUCGAAGGAUCUGGUCAUAAUAAGAAGGCUAGUGAAGAAGCAACGAAGAUAAUGAGCAAGCAUCAACUACAAAGAUUGAGACUUGUAAGCUCCCAAGCCUUCUUAUUUGUGGGAUCGUAUGUCCUCUGCAAUGUCUGGGUAGGAAGUUUGGGUAUAGUGGAAGCCAUCACCCAGGAAGAAGAUGAACCACAACUCAUGCAAACCAUGUACCGUAUCAUGGCCAUCAAUGCUUUCUUUUCGCCCCUCCAAGGAUUCACAAACAUGUUGGUCUACAUUAGACCAAAGUACCUAAAGAACCGAGAGGACUUUCCAUUGGAGACAAAGAUGUGGACUUUUCGGCGAUCUGUCUUUGGUGAACGGGUCAGAUCAGCGCAUCGAAGCAUUAUUCGUGAAGGAGGAAAAGAGGAAGAGGAAAAGAGACCAGAAACGAUAGGCGAGCCAACAAAAGGUGAUCGAAUCCAACCAGGCGUCAUGAAAGACAUUGAAAGCAACGAAGAAAGUGUAAGUGUUCAUUCAUUGUCACAUCGUGCUGGCAGACCAGUGUCCUCCAUAACCAUCAGCUAUUGGGACGUUGACCAAGAUAGUUGUAGCGAAGGUUCCUGUAGUGAACAGCUACAAAGUCAGCGUUGGGCAGAUGGAGUCAAUGGAGACGCAACUAAUGCUAUGCCUACGGCAAGACGAGCAAGUUUGAUUCGAGGAAUAGCACCAAACCUCCCAUACAUUAACGAAUCUACUGAAUCUCCGGAAUUCAAUCAAGUUGUUCAGAAUAGAACCAUGGACGUCGAUGACACAUCUCACGGCAGCGAGGAUCAUCACUACGAUAAUGUGAGUCAUUCCCGAUGGGGCUCCUCUACCACAGCAAUAGAUGAUUCGGGUGUGCUGCGAACAGCAUCUCAGAAUCUAGAUGGAUUGAAGCGAUCCGAUUCUUGCUCGUCGUCGGUAUUUUCCGCUCCAGUACGUCGCCUAAGCGGCAAGGUAGAGGCCGCCAGUAUGUGGGCUGCAAGCAUGGGCUUCAACAAGGAGAUACCGUGCAAUCCAAACGACUCUCUCAUGAUUGCUCCGAAACGAUCAAAAACCGAUCAUGAAGCUGCUGAGGGCGAAGUAGCCAAUGAUGAUGAUAAUGAUGAUGAUGAUGGCAGUGAGGUCAAACGAUCCUCUUCCAGAAGGCUGAAAGUCUCACCACUGGUAGCUCCAAAGCGACUCCCCAGUGAACACGAACCAGUUGAAAUCCCUGACCACGACGAGGAUGUAGUACCAAAUCCUCCUCCUGCUAGGAAACUGAGUGAUGAUUCACCAUUGGUGGCUCCCAAACGAUCCCCCAGUGAUUGUGGAGGAAUGGUGCAAAUCUCUCUUGGCAAAGGAGCAGCAGUAGGAGUGCAGAUCUCCACCACCACCACCACCAACAACAACAACAACAACAACAACAACAACAACAAACACGGCAGGAAGAACAAGAAGCGAUCGAAAAGUCCAAAUAUUACUUCCCCCAAAUUGCCCCGCCGAGUCCCCACGGACUACGAGCCACCAGCAGAAUAA